UAAUGGAAAUUCACAUCAUUACAGAUGAUACCUUUUUGUCUUGGGGAGAAUGGACUUCUUGUAGUGUUACUUGUGGAAACGGUUCCCAACAAAGGUAUAGGGAGUGUGGCGGAUCCUGUUCUGGUUCGUCAUCCGAAUCAAGGACCUGUUAUCCACGCUCAUGUCCAGUGAAUGGUUUAUGGAGUUCUUGGGGUAGCUACAGCCCCUGUGAUAAAACGUGUACGCACGGCUGGAAAGUCAGAUUCAGGAAUUGCAGCAAUCCUCAACCGGCACACGGUGGUCUUUCUUGCAUCGGUGAUUCAUUGGAAGCUGUACGGUGUCCUGUCAAUGGUAAUUGGGGUCAUUGGGGUCACUUCCGGCCAUGUGACAUGUCAUGCGGUGGGGGGAUUCAUAUCCGAAUGAGAAGAUGUGACGACCCGCCUCCUUCUGAUGGAGGGCUUCAAUGUCCUGGUCAAUCAAUCCAAACCGAGGCAUGCAACACUCAGUCAUGUCCAGAUACCAGUCAACCAAUUGAUAGUGUGAUCGGAUAAUAUGUACCCGAGUAUUGUAACAUAUUAUAUAAUGAAAAG